AGCAAUGUAUCAAUAACACAUUGUGUCUAAUUUCUUUGUUCAGCUACACCAGGAGUUUCAAGCUGUGACUGGUGUCAACCUUGAGAAAGAAUUUCUCAACUUCAUCAAUGUGCAUGGAGACAGGUGUCUUUAUUUAACAAAGACACUCCGCAGUGCAAAGGAGCCUCUAUCAAAAAUAGAGACUGAGAUGGCCACACUUGAAGGCGAUGCUAAGAAACACCGCUUUGCUGUUGGAGUGGUCGAGAUAUUGGCCUUCCUGGUGAAGGAAAAACCACAUUUUUUAGGAAGGCUGGAUGUCUACCCGGCACUUAUCACCAAGGACACUGAAGAUGGAACGAUUUUGUUUGCGGCAUUUGAAGGGUUGGAAUUGGAAGCCCUCGACUUGAUAGGAGGAUUUGUUCUGCUCAUGGAACUUUACUGGGUUUUCAAUGUAAAGUACUGUCACAAGAACAAAAAUGUUUUUGCACUUGUUGAACAUUUUUGUGGACUGCCAUCAUCAAGACCAGCAACACUUGGGACACUGCAGGCAAUUUCAGCAAUUAAGAAGCUGCAGACCUUCCCAGAGAAGGAAUGA